AUGGAGGUGAAGAGGAGGGAAUGUGAGAGAGUAACCAAGGAGGAAGAGCACAAGGAGGAUAGUACACACAUUAUUGUGUUAACAGCAGGUACAUUUCUUCUAAUGGUGUGUCUAAAGUACUUUCUAGUUGAGCAAUGGCGUGCUUGGGUGUUCCUAGUCCUCAAUGUGAUUCUAUUAGCCAUUCUAUUCAUGUCUAUGAGGCCAGGCUAUUGUGAUCAAAAUUCAAAAAGUGAAAACAAUGUUGAAGAAGUAAAAAAUGAAAAGAAAGAGAAGAGUAAACCAUGUGAGUGUUCUCAAGAAAUUGAAUGCUGCAAAAAACAAUGUUGGACUAGUACUAAUGUCCAUGUUCAGAAUGAGAUAGAAGAGGAUGAGGAAGAGGAGGAGGAGGAGGAGCAGGUAACACUGUUAUCCAAGGAGGAGUUGAAUGAAAGAGUGGAAGCUUUCAUAGCCAUGUUUAGGCAGCAUUUGAUCUCUGAUGUCAUACAAUCUGAAAAUUUCAGGCUCAACAAAACUGUAAACUUUAGAACUAAGAUUGAAGUGCCUUGCUAUUGA